UUCAUAGUACCUCUCUUGGGUCGUCGAUGCGCUGUUGUGACCUUGGGCUUCGACUCGGUUGACUUCUACCGAAGUUUGCGGUUAAUCCUGCCCCUCAUGGACGGCUCAGCAGCGAACCAUGUCCUACGCCUACCAGAACUUCUUGAGGUUAUACUCCUAAGCUUAUCGCAGAAGGAUAUCUUGUUAUCUCAGCGCGUCUCUCGAAGCUUCCGACACACGGUUCAGGGAAGCGUCAAUCUGCAACGAGCACUCUUCUUUGAGCCGGACUGGAAGCUUGAAGGCCGAGUCUCUUUCAAUGCCUACCGGGCGAACCUGACGCCAGGGAAGAAGCCGGAGAACAAUCGACUCCUCCUUCGAGCCUUCCCGGGAUGCUAUCCUACUGUAACUCUAGUAAUUGUGAAUGACUCGCCUACUCCGAAUGAGAUGGACAUUGGCCGGCGCGGUAGCGAGCACUGGUCUUGGGACGUCUGUAUCUCGUUCCCUGCCGAUACCAUCCCGACCUGCUCUCAAGCCGCACUGUACCCUGAGGCGUCCUGGCGACGAAUGUACUUGUCGCAACCACCAUGCCAGAACCUUCACCUAGUUCGUCGCUGGCAACGCUGCGCCCUGCCUGCCAUUAUGCGUGAGCAUGGCAUCACAAUGGGCGACUUCUUCGAGGAAGCCGUGAGUGCGAAGCUGAAGGAGCUCUGGCAUCACAGCUAUAUCAGUAGCGACCGCGACUGGCAUUUCGAAGGCAACAUCAAAUGUAGCUCUCUUGAGGAGUAAGCCAUCGCCGAGGGAAGCCGAAGAAUCUGCCGAGAUCUUCACCGGGUAUGUCUUUGAACGCACCGUGCGAAACGGUACAGCCAGAGCAUUCAGCGACGACUGGGACCCGGGGAGGACCGCCGGCUUCGCAAGAGCAAUGCUGUAACCGAGGAGCAACAGGCUUCCACCCUGGAGGUUCCAAACAAAGAUGCGCCCUGGAGUCUGCUUACCUGCGGUUGCCACGGGAAGGUUGUACGAACCAGCAU